AUGCUUGGAAAAACCAUUCAGAGACUAUAUUCAGGUGGGCCAAUAGAAAAAGCAUUUGCAGCUCAACUAAAUCAGUUCCCUUACAGAGACGCUUGGCAUUUUCUCGGUAAACAAACAAGAUGGACCUUCAAAGAAGUAAAUGUAAUUUCUAAUGCAGAGAUAUUCUCAAGCCUACGCCAUGGGUCUCGCAGAGCUAGGCCUACAUCCAGGUGAUAAAGUCGUUACUUGGCUUGCAUACAAAGAAUAUCCAGAGUCCUUAAUCCUUAAUCUGGCAUGUGCUAAAGCUGGUUUUGAAGUGAUAAGUCUAGAUUCAACAGAACAUUUCGAGUCAAGCAUGAAAUCUGCCAAACUGCUUAUUCUGUCUCCUUGGGAAAGCUUUGAAGGCUACUAUCAUAUUGACUAUCUCUUGAAUCAUAUCCCAGAAAUGUCAAAAACCAACGCAGGCAGUCUUCUUAAGAGCAAAAAGUUCCCUGAACUCAAAGGAGUCAUCCAAACAGGGUUUUCUACUAUAAGAGGAAGCUUGAAAAUGAAGCAAAUCCCUGUCUAUGCAGAAUUGGAAGAAACCCUUAAUCCUAUGAAUAAUUUUGAAGUAAAGGCCAAUACCCCAAACUUUUCCCAUCUUGGCUCUUCCCACACUCAAGAAGAAUUAGUUAACUUUGCAGCUGAUUUUGCAAAAAAGGUAGGAAUAAAAGGAGGAGACACAGUUGUGAACACUUUAGUGCAUAAGUAUCCACUGACUUUCGGAAGUGUUUUAGGUACCAGCUUUGUUGGUGCUAAAACUGUAUUUGCUCCUGAAGAAGAUGGGCUGAGUGUCUAUAAUGCGCAGCAUGCUAAAGUUCUGAUUGUGUGCCCUGGAAAAGCCCAAAAUAUCAAGGCCAAAGGAGAAAUUGAGACUUUAGUGAUUGGGACAAAGAAAAAAGAGAACAUUGAGUUAGUUGUCAAAACUCUGCAUAAUAAAGGAGUCAAAGCUAAGAACGUAGUCGACAUCGACUUACUCACAUUAAAGAAAUCGCCUUAA